CUUGUAUUGGACCUGGCUUUGACCUGUCAAGGCAUGAACACAGGAGUUCUGCAGUAUGUCCUCUUUUGGCAACCCAUGGGGGAGUGAUCUGCAACAUUGUUUGGAGAUACCCUUUGAGGAGCGAGAGACGAAGUGGGAACCUUCUUUCAUCGCCGUUUCCUUGGGGGAAGAAUAUAUACCGUCGCACCUAUACUUAUACAAGUCGUAGUGCUGCCUUUACGUGUUUAUCAUAGGCUCGCAUUUGUGUAAACCUCGGACGAAAAUAAGUGUUUCGUCGCUUUUAGCUAGAGAAUACACGCCAUGUAAUUAUCUUUACCGUCACCAUAGCUUGUGUAAAGGGUUUAUAUCCAUGUGUUCUGGCAGAAGUCACACCUCAGUCACUGGCAAAACCAUUAAAAUGUACCGUCUCCCGCUUUCUUUUGUCACAUAAACAAUCCCGACACUUUCGACAGUACCUGAAGGCAGCACCAGUGUUCUUGCCAAAACAGAUGACUCUGUCGCCACCUUUGCAACAUCAACGUUUCCUACCAACUGAGGCUGACAACUGAUGAUACGUCUGUUGUCAAAUUAACCGCAACGGAUCGGCAACCCAUUACAGGAAAAUGAUUCCAGAGUUGUCCAACCCCUCAGUGUGUAUGAAGGACCCCCAGAGGGUGCAGGAGAUCCUACAGUCCAUGGUGAAGGCUGGCUCCAACACCGUGCAGGUGAUCUCAGAUUUCGACAUGACCCUCACAAGAUUUGCAUACAAUGGCAAAAGGUGCCCUACCUGUCACAAUAUCCUUGACAACAGCAAACUCAUUUCCAGUGACUGCAGAGAACAGCUGAAGCAGCUGCUCAACACAUACUACCCCAUAGAGAUCGACUCUUCACGGCCAGUAGAAGAAAAGCUGCCCCUCAUGGUGGAGUGGUGGACUAAAGCUCAUGAUCUACUUGUAGAGCAGAAGAUUAAGAAAGACCUGCUGGCCACGGUGGUGCGGGAGUCUGAUGCCAUGCUGAGGGAUGGCUACCAACUCUUGUUUGACCACCUGCAUGAGCACAGCAUCCCCCUGCUCAUCUUCUCUGCUGGAAUAGGAGACAUCCUAGAAGAGGUUAUUCGCCAGGCCGGAGUCUUCCACCCCAACGUUAAAGUCUUCUCCAACUACAUGGACUUUGAUGAGUCUGGAGUGUUGAGGGCUUUCAAAGGAGAGCUGAUCCACAUCUACAAUAAAAGGGAAGGUGCGCUGCUCAACACUGGCCAUUUCCAGGAGCUGCGGACGCGGCCUAACGUGCUGCUGCUGGGAGACUCUCUGGGUGACCUGACCAUGGCUGAUGGGGUGCAGGACAUGGAAAACAUCCUCAAGAUUGGGUUCCUCAAUGACAAGGUGGAAGAGAGGAAGCAGUCUUAUUUGGACUCCUACGACAUUGUGUUGAUAAAAGAUGAAACCUUGGAUGUCCCUAACGCUGUACUGCACUAUCUUACUGGCAAUAAGUGAACUAAGAAUCGAGAACAUCGCUGGCCAUUUGGUAUUGAACACUCAGGUGCCAUCAGCUGAGAAGGUCCCUGCUCAAAAAGUGCCAGUUAAAGACUGAAGAACAACCCACUAUGAAUGUUUUAUGAUUCUUUUUUAUUUUACAAAACUAUUCACAAGUCCAGCUGACAGCCGCAGCUCACGUACACCACGUCACUCUUUUAUAUUUUUGUCCAUUGGUCUUCCUCUCAUGGUUAUGAUUAAACUGCUUUUGGGACAUGCUGUAUGUGAUGGAAGCCAGAUUUACACCGUUUUAUUUACUGUGCAGCAUGUUAAGAGUGUGUGUGAUUAAUGCUGUUUUUUUUUUGUUUGUCUGUUUGCUUGUCUGGGAGAAGAUUGGUCUUGUCAGACAGUUUUGGUCUCAUAUACUGUAGGAUGUAAGGAUAAAGGGAAAGAAAAACGCACAACAUAAAUGGCAGCACUUGACUCUGCAUUUGGUUUGACACUGAAAUUCAGCCUAUUACACUAAAGCUCAUUUCUAGCAAAUUUAAACCUGAAAUCUGAUGCUUUUAAAAAUGUUUAAUGGUUUGGUUUUUUUUUUACAGUGUCAAGUCUUCCAGUUUCAAGCCAUAUUGUCAAGCGUAUGGUACAAGUUGUAUUUUUUAGGAAAGCUAUUGUUUUUCUUGUGUCACACCAGUGCUACUAAGUGGUUAACUAUGACUACUACACCAGACUUUAAGAGUAAAAUAAAUGGGUGAAAAAGUAUGGCAGAAGUCAAACAAUUUUUAACCACUAACUGCUACCUCAGAGGUGUUUCAGUAUCACAGACAGUCUAACACAGGAUUUUAAGAAUUUUGUAUUUUACAUUAUUUCACAUUUGGUUAUUUUAACUAUUGUUUUGAAGAAAUCUGUUACUUUCUGCACUGCAGCUUUUGUUCAAAACAAACUUUUCAUGAAGCUCCAGGUUAACACCAUUCAGAAAAUAUUUUUUUGUGGACAAUAUGCCAAUUACUUAUUCAUGCAUUUUUUUGUCAUCUUUUGUCCAAACUCAUUACCUCUUUAUAUGUUCCAACGUGUCUGAAAUAAAAUGUGUUUCAAUCUGUGUCAGAUCAUCAUGUUUCAUUAUGAAUGUUUAAUGAAUGAAAGAUUUAUGCCACUGAGUCAAAGUCUUACAAGGACAUGUUUGUACAUGGACAGCGGGG